CCUCCCCGGAGCGACCGAGGGGAGCUCAGAGCCGAGCGGGCCCGGCCAGGUGAAGGAGGCGCGCGAGGGGCAGGCGGCCGUGCCAGCGCUCGGACGGCGGGGACUCCUGCGGUGGCCGCGGAGGGCCGGACCCGACGCCUCCUCCCUCCCCACCGCGGCACGCAUGGCGACCAGACGACUUUGAAGGAGUUAGGGGGCUUUGUCAGGAUCUGGACGAUUCCGGAUCCCGCGAUCCCUGCUCCCGCGUCGCCCUGGCAUUGAUGGGAAAUCAACUGGAUCGCAUCACCCACCUGAAUUACAGCGAGCUGCCGACCGGGGACCCUUCGGGGAUCGAGAAGGACGAGCUGCGCGUCGGGGUGGCGUACUUCUUCUCGGAUGAGGAGGAGGACCUGGACGAGCGAGGGCCGGCGGACAAGUACGGCGUGAAGGGCCCCGGCAGCCCCGCCCGGGAGACCCCGACCCACCACCACCAUCACCAUCACCACCACCAUCACCACCACCCGCCGCAGCUGGUGCUGAGCGAGCCUCAGUUCUCCGCCUUCCGCGGCCAGGAAUGCAUCUUCUCCAAAGUCAGCGGCGACCCCCAGGCGGGGGACCUGAGCGUCUACCCGGUCUCGGCCCUGCCCGCCUUGUGCCAGCCGGGGGACCUGCUGGAGCUUUUCUACCUGGGCCCCUCCGACCCGCCGCCGCCGCCCCCCCACUGGGCCGUCUACGUGGGCAGCGGCCAGAUCAUCCACCUGCGCCAGGGCCAGAUCCGCCAGGACACUUUGUACGAGGCGCCCGCGGGCAACGUGGGCCGGGUGGUGAGUAGCUGGUACCGCUACCGCCCCCUGGUGGCCGAGCUGGUGGUGCAGAACGCCUGCGGCCACCUGGGCCUCAAGAGCCCGGAGAUCUGUUGGACGAACUCGGAGAGCUUCGCCGCCUGGUGCCGCUUCGGCAAACGGGAGUUCAAAGCCGGCGGCGAGCUCCAGCCGGCCUCGGGCGCGCAGCCCCAGCAGCAAUACUAUCUCCAGAUCCACCUGGCCGACGGCAAGGUGCACACGGGGCGCUUCCACAGCCUGGAGGACCUCAUCAGGGAGAAGCGCCGCAUCGACGCCAGCAGCAAACUGAGGGUGAUCCAAGAGCUGGCCCUGGUGGAUCACAAAGAGUGAUCCUUUCGGAAACCAAUCUGACACAUGAUCUCUCCUUUUUUUGUAAGAGAAAGGAAGGGACGCGGGGAGAGACCAGCCUUGGGGGCGCGCACAAGCAGCCCUCCGCCUCUCCACGUGGCGGGCUGCCCCCUUCCCUCACUCGUCUCCCCGUGGAGAGGAAAAACCCCAUGGCAACAUUCCCAAACGAAACCAGCAUUCUUCCUCCCCUUCCCAUUGGCCAGUGUUUGGUGCGCCUUUGACUAAUCAUAAGUAAUAAUAGCCGAGACUGGGGGGAGGGGCGAUCUGGGGGGGGCGGGGGAGUCGAGCCUUUGGCCCCAGUUACUCCGGUGUUGAUCCAGCUUCCCAGCGUGCUUAAUAAAAUAUCAAAUUGA